ACUAGUAGGUGCAUGCUGUUGAACCUUAGAGCAUGUAACGCUAUUUAGGGUAGAACAGCAGCCGUUGUGUACUAUAGUAUAGUCAUGCAAAGCAUGGCUCACUCGCUCUGCUUUGUUUGUGUUCAGAUAAUUCGGCUACUACUUGACAUAGGGCUUCCUGUUUCAGAACGGAGAAUGUACAGACAGAAUCGGUCGACGAGCGAGGGCUGCUUACACCAAGGUGGUAUCUUUGUCGGAUGAUCGGGUCAUCGAAUCAGUCAUUGAUUUUCAUGGAGCUUUCGAUCAGGAUGCUGUGAAGACGGACCCUGCUUUAACAGAGCUUUACCCCUUCCCCACCUCACCCAUCAUGAACCUGACCAUUUUUCUUGAAAGUUAUGUUUGCCGCGGAUAAGGUUAAGAAUGAUUGACUUAUUUGACAUCGUCUAAGUUAGCGUUUCAUCGUUGGAUGUUUUAUCGCGCCCAGAUCAAGAAGUUCUCGUUGAUACUUGAGACUAAAACUGCAGAGCAAAUAUGUGUUGGUGCUUCUCCCUGAUUUUAUACAUAGAUGUUUCUAGAAUCACAUUGCUCUCCACAAAAAAACAAAGAAUGUAAUAGCGACUUAGAAUUUGAAAUACUUUGCAAGAUAGUUUUGAAGUGACAAGCUAAGCGGGAAUAAGUAGCGUCGUGAGAAGAGUAGGAGAAAGUGGCCCUGGAUAGGGCAGCCAAAUUCGCUUGAUCAAGGGACGCCUCGGAGAUUACAACAGGUGCGUUCCUUUCGCAUCACGUCUUCUACCAAGAAGGACAUUACAAGCGACCGCACGACUUCAGCGUCUCAAAGAACGGCCCCUCACUGCAGCUAAUCACGAAUGCGCUUGCUUUUCAGUUGCUCUUCCACACGCACUAGGAAGUUCACCAGAUUAUAUCGCGGCAAUUGAGGAACGAAUAAGUGGCCUCUGUACACCCGACAACACGCGAAUAACGCCUAUAAUACCGAGGACGGCGCGCUCCAUAUUUUCGUGGCAGCACGCAGACUAACAGCAGGAGUGACGAACGUCACUACCCGUCAUCUGCGCGGCUUCAACAGCAUUACAAGAGUAAGAUGGAGUUUACGUCAGAUCAGAUAGAGGAGUUCAAAGAGGCCUUUGCGCUCUUUGAUAAGGACAACAGUGGAACUAUUACAGCAGACGAGUUAGGGGUUAUCAUGAAGAGUCUAGGAAAAAAUCCGACCGACGAUGAGCUCGAUGCCAUGAUAGCAGAGGGUAAUAUUCUUAGAAACUGAUUACACCGAUACGCAUAGUAUGUUUCAACUGAAAAUCCACCUAACGAUGCAAGUAUCAGCAACAUGGUGUCAUUAGAAAUUCACCUAAGUAGUGUGUAAGUGGAGAUGUUGCAGAAGAUCUUGUAAUAAAAGUGCUUGAGGAUCAUCAUGCUAGAAUAGCUGCAUAAUUCAUCACCCACACCCUACAACAAGAACUGAUGAAGAACCCCUUUCAUACUGCAAACAUGUCAACAUAGAUCCUAAAAAUAUCACCUAUUGACAGUCGACGAGGAUGGCUCAGGCGAGAUCGAGUUUCCCGAGUUUUUGGCAUUAAUGUCAAAAAAAUUGCAAGCUGCCGACUCAAUAGAAGAAAUGAGGGAGGCUUUUCUGGUACGUCGUUCUAUCGCAAUUUUGUAUUACGACUCGCUCUGUAUCCCAGGUUAGUCUCUUCAUCAAAUGUAUUACGACUUGUUCUUCUCGUUAUUUUAGUAGUUGCUUCGUGCGAUUUAUUUCAUCUUGAUAUUUUGAUCAGGUUUGCGUUUGCGACUAGAAGAUGGUGAUAUUUGUCAAUUUGAAUUAUUCAUUGCACUAUAAUAUGUAAGGUCUUUGACCGAGAUAAGAGUGGAUCAGUGACAGCAGCGGAAUUAAAACACGUGAUGAAUAACUUGGGAGAAAUAGUGACGGACGACGAGGUCGAGGAAAUGAUACGCGAAGCAGAUGAGGAUGGGGAUGGGGAGCUUAGUUUCGACGACUUCCUACAGUUUAUUCGAAGGAAAGGACUCAUUUGAGAAUCCUGAUGUUGAGCCGACUCCUGAUGUAGCUCAGCAAAGACAUUUCUAGUGGACCUCACCAUCAAGAACAAAGCGGACCCAGAAAGCAGACCGACGGCGGAAGUAGAAGAGAGGAGAGUGGGAACUGAAACUUAUUCAUACUCGCUUCGCGAUUGUCCUAAGACAAGAAGUUUCCACGAAGCCUCUCUUCUCUGCACACGGAAGAGAUCAUUGUCUGAGUCCUUUAAGUGCUAACUCAGACAGCACCAAAGAAUCAGUGGUGAAGUCCUCUAGGAGAUGUUGUUGUUUGCUCUCAAAAAGUGAAUUCCCCGCUUUUCCUCCGCAUCUUCAGCCCCGCCCUCCGAAAAAGCAAACCUGUUUGGUAACAAUGAGAAAUUGUUGUAUCACACACUCGAAAGAAGUAGC